AUGUCAUUAAUGACAGAUACCAGACCUCUUUCAAAGAAAUCAGGUGCUAAACCAGUUUAUGGUAAAAAUACACCACAGUUUACCAAAACUGUAGCAGAAAUUGUAAAUGCAUUAAUUAAUGCAUAUAAAGAAGGUAAAAAGAUCAAUUUAUUAAAGAUCAAAACUGAAUUAGCAGCAAAAAAUUCAUUAUCUGACCAACCAAAAUCAGUCGAUAUUAUUUCAGCAAUUCCAGAAUCAUACAAAAAUACAUUAUUACCUCUUUUAAAAGCAAAACCAGUUAGAACAGCAUCUGGUAUUGCUGUUGUUGCUGUUAUGUGUAAACCACAUCGUUGUCCACAUCUUGCAAUGACAGGUAAUAUUUGUGUAUAUUGCCCAGGUGGACCAGAUUCAGAUUUUGAAUAUUCAACACAAUCAUAUACAGGUUAUGAACCAACUUCAAUGAGAGCUAUUAGAGCACGUUAUAAUCCAUAUUUACAAACACGUAGUCGUAUUGAUCAACUCAAACGUUUAGGUCACAAUGUUGAAAAAGUCGAAUUCAUUAUUAUGGGUGGUACAUUUAUGUCAUUACCAGCAGAUUACAGAGAUUAUUUCAUUCGUAAUCUUCACGAUGCACUUUCAGGUCACACAUCAAACAAUGUUGCAGAGGCAGUAAAAUAUUCAGAACAAAGUAAUGUUAAAUGUAUUGGUAUUACAAUCGAAACUCGUCCAGAUCAUUGUUUAAAACUUCAUUUAAGUAAUAUGUUGGUUUACGGUUGCACUCGUUUAGAAAUUGGUGUACAAAGUGUUUUCGAAGAUAUUGCCAGAGACACUAAUCGUGGUCACACUGUUCGUGCAGUUUUAGAAUCUUUUCAAUUGGCCAAAGAUAGUGGUUUCAAAGUUGUUGCUCAUAUGAUGCCAGAUCUUCCAAAUAUGGGUAUGGAAAGAGAUAUUUAUGGUUUUAUGGAAUUCUUUGAGAAUCCAGCUUUUAGAGCUGAUGGUUUAAAGAUUUAUCCAACUUUGGUUAUUCGUGGUACUGGUCUUUAUGAACUUUGGAAAACUGGUACAUACAAAAAUUAUUCACCAGAUAGUUUAGUAGAUUUAAUUGCAAAGAUUUUAGCUCUUGUACCACCAUGGACCCGUAUUUAUCGUAUUCAAAGAGAUAUCCCAAUGCCAUUAGUUACUUCUGGUGUCGAGUAUGGUAAUUUACGUGAACUUUGUCUUGCAAGAAUGAAAGAUUUUGGUACCAAAUGCCGUGAUGUUAGAACUCGUGAAGUAGGUAUUCAAGAGGUUCAUCAUAAAAUUAAACCAGAUCAAGUAGAAUUAAUUCGUCGUGAUUAUACUGCAAAUGGUGGUUGGGAAACAUUUUUAAGUUAUGAAGAUCCAAAACAAGAUAUUUUAAUUGGUUUACUUCGUUUAAGAAAAUGCAGUGAAACUACCUUUAGACCAGAAUUAAAAGAUAGCGUUUCAAUUGUUAGAGAGCUCCAUGUUUAUGGUAGUGUUGUAGGUAUUCAUAAUCGUGAUCCAACCAAAUUCCAACAUCAAGGUUAUGGUACAUUAUUAAUGGAAGAAGCAGAAAGAAUUGCUCGUGAAGAACACGGCUCAGUUAAGUUAGCUGUUAUUGCUGGUGUUGGCACACGUCACUAUUAUAGAAAGCUUGGAUAUGAAUUAGAUGGACCAUAUAUGUCUAAAGUAUUAUAA